CAACUGCAGAUCCUGACAAGAUGCAGGGAAAAGACGCAGUCUGGAGCCGGCCUGCUCGCUGGAGAUGGAUGCAAUACUACUUCUCUCAAUGCACAGCUAUGCAUUCUGAUCGCGUCUGAGGUGAUCGAUUCAUCCGCCUGCGUAGAAACGAGAAGCGGCUGCUGACUUUUUUUUUCUUUCUUGUUGGAGCGGCUUUUCCUGAUCAAAUAUCAUGAUAUAAGAACAGCAUGAGAAAGAGAGAGAGAGCGAGAGAGAGAGGAGAAGAGAGGGUGAUGCCUUGAUACAAUAUAUUUUUUUUUCCUCUAAGAGAACUGAUUGUACAGAAAUUAUAUAAACACAUCGCCGUGUUUCAUAUCCCGUCAUAUUCCAAAAAUACACGAUAUCUCCCUUUCCUUCUCUUCUCUUCACUCUUCUCCCAUCCCUUCCUCCCUCCCCCUCCUCUCGUCCUCCCAACUCACAAAUGGAGGGAUCUUCUUGGCGCUGAAGACCCGGGGAGGAAAAAAAAAACCAAAAAGAAAACAACAACAAAUAAAACAGAUCUAGAUAGAGUUGGAAGGACAGAAAGCGAGAGACAGAGACAGAUCCGAGCCUCCGUUCUGCAUGUGUCUUUGGAGCCGAGGCUGAUGGGGUGGUGGCAUGUGGAGGUGUCACUCUGAGGUUUCCCCCCGGCUCCUUCCUAACCUCUGGCGUUUGGUGUCUGCAGAAUGGCGCGCUUUGGAGACGAGCUACCCAACAGGUACGGAGGAGGAGGAGGAGGUGGUGGUGGCGGUGGUGGCGGGAGUGCCGGCGGACAAGGGGGGCCCGGCCGCGGCGGCAGCAGGCAAGGUGGGCCCCCCGGGGCGCAGCGGAUGUACAAGCAGUCGAUGGCCCAGAGAGCCCGGACCAUGGCCCUGUACAACCCCAUACCCGUCCGGCAGAGCUGCCUAACGGUCAACCGCUCCCUCUUCCUCUUCAGCGAAGACAACGUGGUGAGGAAGUACGCCAAAAAGAUCACCGAAUGGCCUCCGUUUGAAUGGAUGAUCCUCACCACCAUCAUAGCAAACUGCAUUGUCCUGGCUCUGGAACAGCACCUUCCUGACGGAGACAAGACGCCUUUGUCCGAAAGACUGGAGGAGACGGAGCCCUACUUCAUCGCCAUCUUCUGUUUCGAGUCUGGAAUCAAGAUCCUGGCUUUGGGAUUUGCGUUGCAUAAGGGCUCCUAUCUGAGGAACGGCUGGAACGUCAUGGACUUCGUGGUCGUCCUCACUGGAAUUCUGUCGUCUGUGGGGUCUCAGCUGGACCUGAGGACGCUCCGAGCUGUCAGAGUGCUGCGGCCCCUGAAACUGGUGUCUGGAAUUCCCAGCCUGCAGGUGGUGCUCAAGUCCAUCAUGAAGGCCAUGAUCCCCCUGCUUCAGAUCGGCUUGCUGCUGUUCGUGGCUAUCCUUAUGUUCGCCAUCAUCGGCUUGGAGUUCUACAUGGGAAAAUUCCACACAACCUGCGCUGAUCCCGUUACGAAGGAGAAAGUGGAAGAUCGCCCAUGUGGUCCCAAGCCACCCUCCAGAUUGUGCCCCAACGACUCAUCGUGUGAAAGUGGCUGGAUCGGACCAAACUAUGGCAUCACUAAGUUUGACAACAUCCUGUUCGCUAUUCUGACAGUCUUCCAGUGCAUCACUAUGGAAGGAUGGACAGACAUGCUCUACUACAGCAACGACGUGGAUGGCAGCAUGUGGAACUGGAUGUACUACAUCCCCCUCAUCAUCAUCGGCUCCUUCUUCAUGCUCAACCUGGUGCUGGGCGUACUUUCAGGUGAAUUUGCCAAAGAGAGGGAACGGGUGGAGAACCGGAGCGAGUUCCUCAAGCUGAGGCGGCAGCAGCAGAUUGAGCGAGAGCUCAACGGAUACCUGGAGUGGAUCUGCAAAGCGGAGGAGGUGAUUCUGGCUGAGGAAGACACCACGGGGAACUUUGAUGGUUCGAGACGAAGGCCAACCAUCAAGACCAGAAAUAACAAAACAGAGCUGUUGAAUCAAGAAGAAGGAGAGGACAAUGUAGGAGAUGCAGUAGGAUUUGCUCGCUCCAGCAUAAAGAGUGGUAAGGACGGGGCGAAUUACAGUAAAAAAGAGCGACGGAUGCGAUUCUUCAUCCGGAAGAUGGUGAAGACGCAGGCCUUCUACUGGACAGUGCUCUGCCUGGUGGGCCUCAACACCAUCUGUGUGGCCGUGGUGCAUUACAACCAGCCAGAUAUUCUGUCCGACUUUCUCUUCUAUGCAGAGUUCAUCUUCCUCGGUUUGUUCAUGUCUGAAAUGCUGAUCAAAAUGUACGGUCUGGGCAUCCAGCCCUACUUCCACUCCUCAUUUAACUGCUUCGACUGUGUGGUUAUUGUUGGUAGCAUCUUUGAGGUUGUGUGGGCCACCAUAAAACCAGGCACAUCAUUUGGAAUCAGUGUGUUGCGAGCUCUCAGGCUGUUGCGUAUCUUCAAAGUAACCAAGUACUGGGCGCCGCUGAGGAACCUGGUGGUUUCGCUGUUAAACUCCAUGAAGUCCAUUGUCAGCUUGCUCUUCCUCCUCUUCCUCUUCAUCGUGGUCUUUGCUCUGUUGGGGAUGCAGCUCUUCGGAGGACAAUUCAACUUUGAAGAAGGAACUCCGCCUACCAAUUUUGACACAUUUGCAGCAGCAAUCAUGACGGUGUUUCAGAUCCUGACAGGAGAGGACUGGAACGUGGUGAUGUACGACGGCAUUGAAUCGCAGGGAGGAGUGAACAACAAAGGAAUGGUCUUCUCCAUCUUCUUCAUCGUCCUCACACUCUUCGGCAACUACACACUGCUGAACGUGUUCUUGGCUAUCGCUGUUGACAAUCUGGCCAAUGCCCAGGAACUUACGAAGGACGAAGAAGAGCAGGAGGAGGCAGCCAAUCAAAAGACGGCACUGCAGAAGGCUAAGGAGGUGGCAGAGGUCAGCCCGCUGUCUGCCGCCAACCUGUCGAUUGCUGCGAAGGAGCAGCAGAAGAACCACAACAAGAUCAAUAAGUCCGUGUGGGAACAGAGAACCAGCGAGAUUCGGCGGCAGAACUUGAUGACAAGUCGUGAGGCUCUCUACAAUGAACUGGAGCAGGAAGACUGGAAGGUGGGAGAAGAAGGAGAGGAGGUGUCAUUCCCACGGAAACCACGUGGCGAUGUGAAAACCCACCUGGACAGACCAUUGGUGGUAAACCCGCAGGACAAUCGCAACAACAACACCAACAAGACCCCACCCGGCGAGCUGCCGCUAGAUCAGCAGUAUCGGCGGCAGGAUGUCGAUCACUGCCGCCGCGCUGCUCAUCACUGCCACUACCACCGCCAUCACCACCAGAGAUACACCAACCCGGACGGCGUGGAUACAAGCCAGCUGAUGGACACCGACAUGGGGCAUGGUUUCAGCUGCACAUCUCUGGGUAACGUCGAAGGAAACGUGGAGCGCCACGCGGAUGAAGAGAAGCACAGCCACCAGAGUCAUCGGGGCCAUCGGCACAGGAACAGAGAGUGCAGAGAGGCUCGCAGCGUUUCUCCCCGUCAUGGCAAAGGAGCCGACGGCAACGGUGAGGCGAGGAGGUGCAGGCAACACCGCAGGGCAGCCAGGGAGGGGGAUGAGGGCAGAAGACAUCAAUGCAGGGCAACAGAGGGAGACGGAGAGAGAAGCGAGGAAGAGGGUGGACAGAAGGCAAGACGUCAUCGGCACUGCAACCAGGAACGAUGCAGGGGACAUCGUGUGAGAAAGGAGCAUCACAGCACCUGCCCCAGCCUCUCCACUACGCGGCCCAUACAGCAGUACAAUGAGGACCUCGACAACUUCCGCAACAACAGCAAGCUGGCCAGCGCCCAAGAGCACCCUUAUGAUCUCCCACCCGAUCACCCAGACCAUCCGGACCACUUCAACAACCUGCUGAACUGCCAUGACGCCGACACCCACACCCUGCUUCACAGCAUGGACAGCCUGAUCUUGACCAGCAUGGCAAAGCCAGACUACACAUCGAUAGACAUGCCCCCUGUGUACCCGUACCCCUCGACCAACGCCAUCUUGCAAGUGAACAAGAACGCCAACACUGACCAGAAGAAGAGCGAGGAGAAGAAGGAGGAGGAGGACGAGGGUGAAGACGAAGACAACGGCAAGCGCAUGCCUCCCUAUAGUUCCUGCUUCAUAAUGUCUACCACCAAUCCGUUUCGAAAGUGCUGUCACUACAUCCUGACUCUGAAGUACUUUGAGUUCAGCAUCCUGUCCGUCAUUGCUAUGAGCAGCAUCGCCCUGGCAGCGGAGGACCCCGUCAAGCCUGACUCGCCACGAAACAACGUGCUGCGUUAUUUUGACUACGUUUUCACAGGGGUCUUCACAUUUGAAAUGUUGAUCAAGAUGGUCGUUCUCGGCUUGUUUCUCCACCAAGGGUCUUACUUUCGUGACUUGUGGAACAUACUGGACUUUAUAGUGGUUAGUGGUGCUCUGGUGGCCUUUGCCUUCACGGGGAGCAGCAAAGGCAAAGACAUCAGUACAAUCAAAUCUCUGCGCGUGCUGAGGGUGCUGCGUCCCCUUAAGACCAUCAAGCGUCUCCCCAAGUUAAAGGCAGUGUUUGACUGCGUGGUGAACUCCUUGAAGAAUGUGUUGAACAUUUUGAUCGUCUACAUGCUCUUCAUGUUCAUCUUUGCCGUUGUGGCUGUGCAGCUGUUCAAGGGUCGCUUCUUCUACUGCACAGACGAAUCCAAAGAGUUUGCACGGGACUGCAGGGGCGAAUAUUUAGUCUAUGAAAAAGACGAGGUAAAAGCCGAGAAGCGGGAAUGGAAGAAGUACGAUUUUCACUACGACAACGUGGCUUGGGCCUUGCUCACCCUCUUCACCGUCUCCACCGGAGAGGGGUGGCCACAAGUGUUAAAGCACUCAGUGGACUCAACUUAUGAGGAUCAGGGCCCAAGCCCGGGAUACAGGAUGGAAAUGUCCAUCUUUUACGUGGUGUACUUCGUUGUCUUCCCUUUCUUCUUUGUCAACAUCUUUGUGGCUCUCAUCAUCAUCACCUUCCAGGAGCAAGGGGAUAAGAUGAUGGAAGACUACAGCUUAGAAAAGAACGAAAGAGCCUGUAUAGAUUUCGCCAUUAACGCCAGGCCUCUGACUCGCCACAUGCCAAAGAACAAACUGAGCUUCCAGUAUCGGAUGUGGCAUUUCGUAGUGUCCCCUCCCUUCGAGUACAGCAUCAUGGCUCUGAUUGCACUCAACACAGUCGUUCUCAUGAUGAAGCAUUACGAUGCACAUGUAGCUUACGAUAAUGUGCUGAAGUACCUGAACAUUGUGUUCACCGCAUUCUUCUUUAUGGAAUCUGUCCUGAAAAUCAUUGCUUUUGGUCCCUUGAACUACUUCAGAGACGCCUGGAACGUUUUUGAUUUUGUCUCGGUCAUUGGGAGCAUUACUGACAUAUUGGUAACAGAGUUUUGGAACAAUUUCAUCAACUUGAGCUUCCUGAGGCUUUUCAGGGCUGCUCGCCUCAUUAAGCUCCUGAGACAGGGAGAAACGAUCCGGAUUUUACUGUGGACGUUUGUCCAGUCCUUCAAGGCUCUACCGUAUGUGUGUCUGCUCAUAGCCAUGCUCUUCUUCAUCUAUGCCAUCAUUGGCAUGCAGUUGUUUGGAAACAUAGCUCUGGACGAGGAGGAAGAAACUGCCAUCAACGAGCAUAACAACUUCAGAACAUUCAUUAUGGCCCUGAUGCUGCUGUUCAGAAGUGCUACGGGUGAGGCGUGGCAUGAAAUCAUGCUGGCAUGCCUGGGAGAGAAGAAAUGCGACCCAGAGUCUGGAAGCACCGGGAAGGAGUGUGGCAGCACCUUCGCCUACACCUACUUCGUCUCCUUUAUUUUCCUCUGCUCCUUCCUGAUGCUGAAUCUCUUUGUGGCCGUCAUCAUGGACAACUUCGAGUACCUCACCAGAGACUCGUCCAUCCUGGGGCCGCACCACUUAGACGAAUACGUAAGGAUAUGGGCCGAGUACGACCCAGCCGCCUGCGGCCGGAUCAGUUACACAGACAUGUAUCAGAUGCUAAGACACAUGUGUCCGCCGCUAGGCCUCGGGAAGAGGUGUCCCGCCCGGGUCGCCUAUAAGAGGCUCCUUCGCAUGGAUCUGCCUGUCGCCGACGACAACACAGUGCAUUUUAACUCCACCCUCAUGGCUCUGAUCAGGACAGCACUGGAUAUAAAGAUUGCCAAGGGCGGUGCAGAUAAGCACCAGAUGGACGCGGAGCUGAGGAAGGAGAUGAUGGCUAUCUGGCCAAAUUUAUCACAGAAGACUCUGGACCUGCUGGUUACUCCGCACAAGGCAGCCACAGACUUGACGGUGGGCAAAAUCUACGCUGCCAUGAUGAUCAUGGAGUACUACAGACAGAGCAAGACCAAAAAACUGCAAGCCCUGCGAGAGGAACAGUACUCCUCCCUUCCCAACCGAACGCCAUUAAUGUUUCAGCGCAUGGAGCCACCCUCCGAGGGAGGGGGCCCAGAGGGCCAGGCGGGGCCGGGCCAGAACGGUCUGCCCAGCGUUCAGCCAGACAACAUCAACAGCAUACCUCCUGAAGGUGGCUUGACUGAAAGCCAAUCAUGGAUGACGGCUAAAGCACAGGAAAUGUUCCAAAAGACCGGGAACUGGAGCCCGGACCGGCCCUACCCCGACGACGUCCACGAGAACCGCCACAAUCCCCAGACUGUAGAGAUGAGGGAGAUGGGGCGGGACGGGUACUCCGACACUGAGCCCUGUCACCCAGUGGACGGGCAUGGGCGGACGCUCUCCAUGCCCCGCCUCUCGGCAGACAACCAACGGAGGAGACACAGGCCCCGUGGAAAUAACCUCAGUACCAUCACCGACAACAGCCCAAUGCGUCGCUCUACCUCCAGUCUGGUCCACGGGCGUUCAGGUCGCGGCGUGAGGCUGGACGACUACUCUCUGGAGAGGGUGGUGUCCGAGGAGGGGAGACACAGCGGCGGGCGCAGGCACAGGGACCGAAGUCAUCGCACUUCGCAGCGAUCGCUGACCAGAUACACAGACGCCGACACAGGUAUCCUAUCUAUUUCAUGUCUAGGUCUGGGUACAGACCUCAGCACCACCACACAGUCAGGCGACCUGCCUCCCAAGGAGCGUGAGCGGGACCGCGGGCGCACCAAGGACCGGCGUCAUCACCACCACCAUCACCGCCAUCACAGCUCGAUGGACAAGGAGCGCUAUGAUCGCCAUGACUACCCACAUAGGCAACCCCAGGACCGCCACUGGUCCCGGUCCCCCAGCGAAGGGCCAGACGGGAGAGGUCACAGACAGGGGAGUAGUUCGGUCAGUGGCAGCCCGGUCCCCUCCACCUCGGGGACCAGCACUCCACGGAGAGGCCGCCGCCAGCUGCCACAGACUCCUGCUGUCCCACGCCCGCAUGUCACCUACUCCCCCGCCGUCCGAAAGCCCCUGUACGGCCCCCCGGGCCCGGGUCGUUUGCGCUCCCCCUCCCCUCGACACUUCUCUCCGCCGGACCACGACCGGGGCUACCACCACCGGCCCCCGUCACGUCACGCCUCCCCCCACCACGGCGGCUCCUCGUCCAGGCACGGCUCGCCGCGCUCGCCUCGGCACCAGUCGCCACACUCGCCGCUCCACGGAUCGCCUCGGUCUCCGCACCGGAACCGCUGGAGCGGCCCCCCGCCGGGGGACAGCCUGGAGGGUGACGGGCCCUUCUACGAGAGGGAUUACGAAUAUGAGCGGCAUCAUGAGCCUCCCGCCUACGAGCAGAGCCUCUCCCAUGGCAACCCUCAUCCGCAUGGUGGAAACCCUCACCCGCACCCACGCUCACCAAGGACUGCUCGUCACGGGCCCCCGCCGCCCCCUCACCCGCAUCCACGUAGGGUUCCUAAUGGUUACCGUUCAUCCUCACCUUCCCCGCAUAGGAGGGGACCGCCAGGGGCACCGCACCCUCACCACAGGCCUCCCCAUGCCAGAGGGCCCCGCAAGGGCCUACAUGAACCUUACAGUGAGACGGACGAGGAUGACUGGUGCUAGCGACGGCAUGAGAUGCAGACAGCAGAAGAUGAUAAGAACCCAUCACCUCCAGUGCUCUGGCACAUUUGUAAACUUUGAACUAUGUGAUGGUAAAGUU